CAGGUAUAUAAAUGAAAAUGUAGCUAAAUAAUUUAUUGAAGAAAUAGAGAUCAGAAUGGUUGUGGUUAACGUUGAAAAACAAAAAUUUUCAAAAAAUGAACAGGAAAAGACAUGGCCUCAAAUUUACGCUGUAUUAAUAAGUGCAAUGGUCGGCAUUACCAACGGGCAACUGUACGCAUGGGCAUCCCCAUUCAUGGUAAAAAUAGUUAACGACAAAGUGAAUUACAACAUCACAGAAGAACAGGCAUCUUAUUUUAAUAUAAUUAAUCCAAUAUUUACCUGUCUCAUCUGUCCUUUCUGUUCCAAACUUAUCGAUACCCUCGGUCGUAAGAAGGCAAUGUUGCUGAUGACAAUACCGGAGGUAGCUAGCUGGCUGUGUGCUGCAUUUGCCAAGGAUGUUUACCUAUUCUACGUGUCACGAGCCUUUUCAGGAAUUGCUGAUGCAAUGUUCUUUACAGCUCUACCUCCUUAUAUCGGAGAAAUAACAACACCUGCAGUAAGGGGCAAGUGGGGAAACCUUCUUGCAGGCUCCUACUACAUAGGAGAGUUUUUAAUUAACGUCAUCGGCAGUUACUUUGGGGUCGUAACAAGUUCCUACAUAUGUCUACCUUUGCCUAUUAUAUUCUUCGUUUUGUUUUCAUUGAUACCCGAAUCUCCUUAUUAUCUAUUAAUCAAAGGCAAAGAAGAAGAGGCAAGAAAAUCCUUAGUAUAUUUUAGAGGAGACAAAAAUAUUGACGAAAAUUUAAAUCAACUAAAGCACGAUGUUCAGCGACAAAUGUCAGAAUCAGGAACAUGGAUGGACUUGUUCAAAAUAAAAAGUAAUAGAAAGGCUAUGUUAGCAGCAGCUUUUUUGCGAUGUACGCAACAAACGUCUGGUUUUUGUAUUUUUAUAACAUAUACACAGUUUAUUUUCCAAAAAUCUGGAGGAAACUUAAGCCAUGAGUUGUCUUCUAUAAUAUAUUUAGGCGUCCAGAUGACUUUGAACUUUAUCGUCCUGACGUUUAUCGUGCACAGAUUUGGACGGAGGGGCUGCUAUAUGACAAGCACUGGCGCUAAUGGUAUAGUACUCUUUCUCAUGGCAACCUACUUUUACCUCAAUGAUUAUACUAACAUCGACGUUUCGACUUUCAACUGGUUUCCAGUCGUCAGCACAGUUGUAUUUCAAAUGUUUGGUUCGUUUGGCAUCAAUGUUAUUCCCACUCUUAUGCUGAGUGAGCUUUUCUCGGUCAGUAUAAAAACCAAAGCAAUGGUCUUGGUCUCUCUUACAUUUGGGAUAGUUGGCACUUUUGUCAAUUAUUUGUUUUAUUUAAUUAAUACAAGUGCUGGAUUUUUUGCACCUUUUUACGUGUUUGCAGCUUGUAACAUUCUAACUGCAAUAAUAACCUAUUUUAUAUUACCAGAAACAAGGGGUAAGACGCUAGAAGAUAUUCAGCAGUCCUUGAAGAAUAACAAAAUAUAUUAGAAAUAUAUUUAUAAUAUAAUUAUUAUCUAUAUUAGAUGAUUUUUAAUCUGUGAUAAAUGCUUAAGCAUAAUAAAUUGUUUAGUAACUC